GCGACAGACAAGCAUGGCUAUAAUGGAAACGGGUUGCAAUAUACUCGGGUUCCCCUGCGGUGGAUCGGAGCUACAAUGCUUGUAGUAGGAGAGCUACUGAACACCACUGCGUAUGCUUUUGCACCGGCAGUUCUCGUCACGCCGCUUGGGGCGUUAAGCGUAUUCAUUAGCGCACUUCUGGGUUCAUAUUUCUUGAGCGAAAAGGUUGGUCUGCUGGGACGGCUGGCUUGCGUAACGUGCCUUCUCGGUACGGUUUUACUUGCGCUUCAUGCUUCCGCGGACAAGGAACUCAACACCAUCGAGGAGAUACUACAUCUUGCUCUUCGACCUAGCUUCCUCGUAUACUGCACCUGUAUCGGUGCCCUCUCCCUCUACCUAAUAUACCGGGUAGCGCCGCUGACAGGCAAGACAAAUCCAUUGAUAUACAUCACUAUCUGCUCAGGAAUGGGCUCGCUCUCAGUCAUGUGUGUCAAAGCCGUCAGCAUCUCCGUGAGGCUGACAGUUGCCGGGCACAAUCAAUUCACCCAUGCCUCGACCUAUCUUUUCACCAUCGCCCUAGUUGCAACAACCCUGGUGCAGACAAACUACCUAAACAAAGCGAUGAACUCAUUCGGCGCCUCUGUCGUCAAUGCCAUGUUUUAUGUAGGGUUCACGAUCUGUACCUUCGCGGCGUCGGCGAUUUUUUAUCAGGGGUUGAACCUUUCUGGGGCUACUGAGACGGGGAUCUUGCUUUGUGGUAUACUCGUGAAUAUUACCGGAGUCGGCCUAUUGGUUUAUCCCAAGGUAGCCAGACCAGAAUACUGUCCCGAUUCCGAGUAUGAUGACCCGGGUGUCUCUAUUGAGCUGGAGACGAUUUGUCGGGGCCAGGAUAUCCAGGGACGGACUGAGGAUUACUGA